AUGUGUGCAACAUGCUCUAUUUGGGGCCCGUCGGUCAUUGAUAGUCUUGUUGAAGCUGAGAAGCGCAGAGCGCAGCAGAAACAACAAGGGACAUUAAAGGAUAAAGAGAAAGCUAACAUAUCUAUCCAUAAUCCAGGUGACGCCGCUAAGGGUGCCGGUCUUUUCAAGACUCGCUGUGCUUCCUGCCACACCCUCGAGGAGGGCGGUAACAACAUGGUCGGCCCCAACCUUUUCGGCCUCUUCGGCCGCAAGUCUGGUCAGGUCGAAGGUUACGCUUACACCGACGCCAACAAGAGCAAGGGUGUCACCUGGGACCAUGAUUCUCUCUUCGAGUACCUUGAGAACCCAAAGAAAUUCAUUCCCGGUACCAAGAUGGCCUUCGGUGGUCUCAAGAAAGCCAAGGACCGCAACGACCUCAUCACCUUCCUCGAGGAGAAGACCAAAUAA